GCCGCUCGACUUGUCGGUUUGAGUAUGCUCCUCAGAUUAACUACAGGACACCGUUAUAUAGCUCUGAACUAACGGUUUCCCAAUCUCUCAGGUUGGUUAAGCCUUUUUAGUAAGGGUGAAAGACCAGACUUCGACAUAGCCUUUCGUUUGUUUUUUUCGGCAUCGUGCGUUCGUUGAACAGCUCAGAUCGCGUGGAGGUUUAAAUUAACUUGUUGAUGUUUUCUCACGAAUUCACAUCUUUUGAGAACUUUGCGGACGAGUGUCAAGGAAAGGGAUUAAAGCAUCUUGCAGAUUCUCGAUUUAAAUUCCCGAGUCAGUCGUAUGACAGGGACUUUGAAUCAAUGCGUAAGGGAAAUACAAUGAAAGAACUGAGAUACCUCUUUGGAUCCACCAACACUUUGAACAGGAAAGAGAAAUUGGCUGGAUCCAUGCACUGAAGAAGAUGAAAGCUGUGCCUGCUUUUGUACUCCAGGCCCAAAGCAUUUGGAGCACAUUUCGAUGAUGGGCCAAGCGGUGUGCUGUGACUGUAACUCCUUUUGACACCUGUGAAUUUACAGGGAGUGGAAAUCCUACCACUGCCUACGUGUUGCCACAAUGGCGAGUCUGGUGCUCAACGAGACUGGGCUGGAGGACUGUGGCAUUGAUGACUCCUUUAAGUACAGCCUAUAUGUCGUAGUGUACAGUAUCGCAUUUGUGGUGGGCCUUGUCACCAACUGUGCCUCGCUCUUCGUCUUCUGCUGCCGAAUGAAAAUGCACAAUGAGACAACUCUCUUCAUGACCAACUUGGCGCUCUCGGACUUGAUAUUUGUAUUCGCCCUGCCAUUUAAGAUCUAUUACAACAUCAGACGCCACUGGCCGUUCGGUGAUACCCUCUGCAAGAUCUCCGGCGGAGCCUUCAUCACAAACAUCUAUGGCAGCAUGUUCUUCCUCACUUGCAUCAGUGUUGACCGCUUCCUGGCCAUUGUUCAUCCGUUUCGCUCACGCUCUAUCCGCACCCGACGCAACGCUGCCAUCGUGUGUGCAUUGAUCUGGCUGCUGAUCCUAGGUGGAGGCAUGUCGGUUACCUUCUUCUCUGCCACCAACCGCAGCAAAAGCACAACCACUUGCUUCGAGAGCUUCUCGCAGAAGACGUGGAAGACGUACCUAUCCAAGAUCACCAUCUUCAUUGAGGUAGUGGGCUUCCUCAUCCCGUUGAUCAUCAACCUGGCCUGCUCCUCCAUGGUACUACGGACACUACGUAGGCCUGCCACGCUCUGCCAGAUUGGCACCAAUAAGGAGCGCGUGCUACGCAUGAUCGUGGUGCAUCUGGCCAUCUUCAUCAUAUGCUUCGUCCCCUAUAACUCCGUCCUUUUUGUCUAUGCCAUGGUGCGCACUCAAGCCCUGGCCAGCUGCUGGCUCGAACGGCUGGCACGCACCCUCUACCCCAUCACGCUCUGUGUGGCUGCCUUCAACUGCUGCUUUGACCCAGUGGUCUACUACUUUACCUCGGAGUCAUUUCAGAAGUCUCUGACUACUGGGAAGUGCCAAGGAAAGCAGGAGAACACACUGCGCAGUGAGGCACCUGGCUCCAGCAAAGAGAACACCUACACAGAAACAGUAGAAGGAAUCUCAGCAUCCAGCAAUGGAAAAGAACAGGUCACGGAAACUCACUUUUGAGUAGCACCAAGAGGGAUCACAACACGAGUGCAUGGGAAUCUCAGGCAAAUUCAAGAGGAGCUAUGUGAAGGUCUUUAAUGGGGUCUUUACUCCAUGCUUAGUCAAAGGAAAUAAUUGGAAUUCAGACACUUCAGAAAUUGGAAUUCAGACAAUUGGAAUUCAGACACAAAACAUGGAAUCUUUUAUGCCCAAGAGGCUUAUGAUAACUAUCUUAUAUUUCAUUUGACUGUACAGGUCAGGUCCUACACUGGUUAAAGUGCCCCAUUGUAUGGGAGUAACAAACACUGAUUAAAAUGAUUUUUUAUUUUUUAUUUUUUUUAGAUAAAAAACCCAUCAGUAAAGGCUGCACUGUGUUUGGGUAAUGUUCCAGCUGGGGUAUAGAUUUUGUCUUAUGUUCUAGUAAAUAAAUAAAUAAAUAAAUA